AUGACCCAGAAGGACACUAGUGAACAGUUGCACACGUUAGUCAAUGGGGCGUCGGGUGCGAUUGAUGGAGAAGUUGGCCUCGAGGCCCUCCCAUCGAUUAAUGCUCUGCUAGAGCUGGACGAAAUGUCUGUAGAUGAAAUUUAUCAAGCCUUAAAAGCUAGUGCACUGUCCGAAAAGGUGGUCCAUGGACCUGAUAUUGAGUUGAGCUCGUCAUCACUUGUAGAUGAUACAGUCCUUGAGGACAUUAAAGUUGCACUCAGUGCUCGCAGUGGAUCUGCCAAUUUAAAGUAUCCUCCGGAUCCCCUCUACCCUUUGGUAAAAGAAUUUCAGGACGUGGUGUGA